AUGCUCGUCCUGACUUUCUUCUACGAGCCGCAGUGGCUGCAUGAGACGAGAUUCUGGAUGAUGCAGUUGCCUAAGCUUGUAGUCAUGAUGGUUGUGUCGCUCUUCGGUGGAAUCAUCUGCCGCUGCUUCUGCGAUGUCGACGAGAAGGGCUACAUCAUGACCAACAAGUCGUCCAAGUUCAAAGUCAACUACACACGUAAGCUGCAGCACUUCGCCGCCUACAUGGUGCCGCUUGUUAUUAAGUCCGAAUACUCUGGCCCGAUCGCUCUGGCGUGGGGCGACUUCUUCACCAUGAUGGGAUUCCUCGUGCUCAUCAAGCCCAUCCGUGAGCACUCCAUUUUCUUUAUGCUGCAGUUCAACUCGCUGGAUCGUCCGGAGGACCGCCCCAACACGCUCAAGUGGAUCAUCGUGGGCAACAUCGCUCCGGGCAUGUUCAUCCUGAUGUUCUUCAAGUGGCUGUUCGCUGCUCAGGGAGCUCUGACGUUCAUCCUCGUGUUUAUCACGGGCAUCGGUGACGGUCUGGCGGAGCCUGUGGGCAUCACGUGGGGUCGUCACAAGUACAAGACGCGUAGCUGCUUCUCGAAGAACAAGUACACCCGUAGCUGGGAGGGCAGCGCGUGCGUGUUCCUGUCUGGCCUGGUGUUCCCUGCUCUGCAAUACGAUGCGUUUGACAACUUCUGGCAGGUGCUGCUGUCGAUGCUGAUCCUGGCACCGACGAUGGCGUACGCAGAGGCGACUGCUCCGCACACGAUGGACACGCCGGUGCUGAUGAUCGGCUGCGGCGUGAUCCUGUACGCCAUCGUCAACCUAGUCUGA